UGUUAUCUUGGUUCAAAUCGCAUUCUGCGUGGAUGUACGGCGUUUUAAGUUGGUCGUUCCUGGAUUUUAUUGGAAAUUAUUGUAUUUUGAUCAGUGAUGCACGAGGUAGAAGAAAGUCGGUGGUUGUUUAGGUGUUCUAGACUUUUGUAAUUGUAGUUAGUAAUUUUGUCACGAGGAUCAGUUUCCUGUAUUUAUAUUAAGAAUAUUACGGAGUUAAGGUGAUUUAUUUUGCGUUAAAUCUCUAACCUUGGACGCUAAAGUCAUUGUUUUUUUUCCCGAGAUGCUGCCAGAGCGGCGACGCGACUAAAGUUUCCGAGGUUGAUGCGGGUCCGUGAAGGCAUCCGACACACAGCUCUCCUGUUGCUUUGAGAGGAGGCAGGCCGGUGAUUUUCCACUGCCGCUGAUGUCUCUGGUCCCUUGGUUUAAGAGACAAAGGUCAGAAAGAGAAGCUUAUAAAUAGGCUAAAAUAUAGGCUUCCGACGCGUCCAGGCUUCAGUCGAAAACACGGACACGAGAAGACACGGACACGACCGAACGGACACGGGACCGAGCGCAAAGGACAUUAAAAGGACAAAAUAAUAUCACACAUCACAUCAACGGAGCAGAAUGGCUCAGAAAGAGAAACUUCAGUGUCUGAAGGACUUCCAUAAGGACACUCUGAAGCCAUCUCCAGGCAAGAGCCCUGGCACUCGGCCUGAGGACGAGGCGGAGGGCAAACACCCCCAGCGGGAGAAGUGGGCCAGCAAGUUGGACUUUGUUCUGUCUGUGGCCGGAGGUUUUGUUGGUUUAGGAAACGUCUGGCGUUUCCCGUACCUCUGCUACAAGAAUGGUGGAGGUGCUUUUCUCAUCCCCUACUUCAUCUUCCUGUUUGGCGGAGGCCUGCCAGUCUUCUUCCUGGAGGUAGCCCUGGGUCAGUUCACCUCUGAAGGUGGAAUUACCUGUUGGGAGAAGCUCUGCCCCAUCUUUACUGGUAUUGGCUACGCCUCCAUUGUGAUUGUGUCCCUGCUGAAUAUUUACUACAUUGUCAUCUUGGCCUGGGGUGUUUACUAUCUGUUCCAGUGUUUUCAACCGGAGCUGCCCUGGGCCAAAUGCAAGCAGCCCUGGAACACUGACCGCUGCAUCGAGGAUACCUACCGCAAGAACAAAACCCUUUGGGUGGCUGCCAACGCCUCCAACUUCACCUCCCCCGUCACUGAGUUCUGGGAACACAAUGUGCUGGGUAUCAGCAGUGGCAUUGAUGAGAUUGGCCCCGUCAAAUGGGACCUGGCCCUGUGUUUACUGCUUGUCUGGGUCAUCUGCUUCUUCUGCAUCUGGAAGGGUGUCAAGUCCACUGGAAAAGUGGUCUACAUCACAGCCACUUUUCCAUUUGUCAUGCUCAUUGUCCUGUUGAUUCGUGGUGUAACACUGCCAGGUGCUGCCGCGGGCAUCAAGUUCUACUUGUACCCUAAUCUUGAGCGCCUGAAGGAUCCAGAGGUGUGGAUUGAUGCCGGCACUCAGAUCUUCUUUUCGUAUGCCAUCUGUUUGGGCGCCAUGACGUCCUUGGGCAGCUACAACAAGUACAAAUACAACUGCUACAGGGACUGUUUGCUGCUGGGAGCCCUCAACAGUGGUACCAGUUUUGUGUCUGGCUUCGCAAUAUUUUCCGUCCUGGGCUUCAUGGCACAAGAGCAAGGGGUGGACAUUGCUGAUGUGGCAGAGUCAGGUCCUGGCUUGGCAUUCAUUGCCUACCCCAAGGCGGUUACCAUGAUGCCUAUCCCUACACUCUGGGCAAUUCUCUUCUUUGUUAUGCUGCUGCUGCUUGGCCUCGACAGUCAGUUUGUGGAGGUGGAAGGGCAGAUCACAUCACUGGUGGAUCUGUAUCCGUCCUUCCUAAGGAAGGGUUACCGCAGAGAGGUCUUCAUCGCUAUCAUCUGCUGCUUGAGCUACCUGUUUGGCCUCACUAUGGUUACAAAGGGUGGCAUGUAUGUUUUCCAGCUGUUUGACUACUAUGCAGCUAGCGGUGUGUGCCUUCUGUGGGUGGCAUUCUUUGAAUGUGUAGCUGUUGCCUGGGUUUAUGGCGUUGAUAAUUUUUAUGAUGCGAUUGAGGACAUGAUUGGCUACAGACCAAAUCCAUGGAUGAAGUGGAGCUGGACUGUCAUUACUCCUUUACUGUGCAUGGGUUGCUUUAUCUUCUCUUUGGUCAAAUACAAGCCAUUAACGUACAACAAGAUGUACCAGUAUCCUGACUGGGCCAUUGGAAUCGGCUGGACUCUGGCCUUGGCGUCCAUGAUCUGUAUCCCCAUGGUGGUGGUUAUCAAGAUCAUUCAAUCUGAUGGGCCGCUCAUUGAGAGGAUUAAGGCGGUAGCAGCUCCGGUUCGUGGCGGGGCCAGCUCCCGUCCCGCAGACCACCGUGGUCCCAAGGAUGCCACCGUACCGCUGGACCCCAACGGAAACAAGGGUUUUCUGAUGAAGGCCCCCACCCACACCAUCGUAGAAACCAUGAUGUAAAGGAACGAGGUGGAGGAUCUCCAUGAGAUCGCUCUCCUCUCCUCUCUGUCCUCGAAAAAUGCUUUUACUGCUAGCUGUCCGUCUGUCUGUCUUUCUGGUGGACUUAAAAAAAAAAAAAGGGUUUUAAGGAAAAAGUUCACAUUUCAAAUCUUUAAAGAAUACCUUGGAAGAAAAACCUUCGGUUUUUGGUUGUCAAAAGUGGGUUAGAAAAACAAUCACAUUUUAGAUCUGUUGGAGCUUCUAGCAAGCAGUUUAUUUUCUCUCUGUUCAUAGUUUCAUGUGACUUUGCAUCCCACAGUGCAGCAACUUGGCAACAACAUCUGGUCAUAUGCUGGCAGACCUGUCUGUCCCACCAGCUGCUUCACAGAUAAUCAGUCGUUGUUUUAAAAAGGGGGAAGAGUAAUCAUUGACUUCUAGUAUCAACCAACCUUUUUUCUUGCCAACCUAAAAAAAAAUAUAUAUAUAUAUUUUUUGGAGGUAGGAGGUGUAUUUUACUGUCAACAUGGUGCUUGUAUUUGGGGGUUAGUGCCAAAGAGUCCAGCUUUGGCUUAUUCUGUUCCACUGUGUUCAGUUCAGGCACUGUUUUUAUAAAAGAUUCAGGCACUACAGAUAGUUCUAGUUUGUGAAUUACUUUUCAUAUCCCAGCCUAGUUAUCUGAAGGACUGUAAUUUUUGACUUUUAUCAAGAAUCAAGUUCCGUCCGAAUCUAACAGUCCUUCUAAUUCGAACUCUGAUGUCAGCUGAGGACAAAUAAAAGCUGAGACGUACAACACUGCAGCCGGUGGAGACACUCGUCCACCUCCUACACAUCGUGAACUGUUGUGUCUUUGAGUAUCCCGAAGAAGUACGCAACAUUACUGUAAAGAGAUGAACAAGAAAAGCUGAUACAAAUUUCAACCAAAAAACAGAUGAUAACCCUUCUCGAAACAAAAUCCUGAUCUUUGCACCUUUUGCACUAGUACUCCCGUCCCCCUGUAGUCAUUAACUGGUGAGAAAACACUAGCACUGAGGCAGCGUCUGGGGAUCGAUUUGUGCACAUAGAUGGGUUUCUGAGAGGAUUUGAAGUGUGGAGGUUAAACCCUUGCUUGUGUUGUCUGUGGCGUACUGUACAGUAGUAGCUAUCAGUCUAUAUAUUUAUCUCCUUAACUUUCUCUGUCCUAGGCCAGUUUACAGUACAUUAGUGACUGCACUAGGCACUCUUGGCUUCAAGUUUUUGAUUGAAUUUGUUUUAUACCCUACAGAGGAAGUUUUACCAUUAUUAGUUUAUCUUGCCUCUGUCAGUGUUUAGAGUUUUUUAUUAUUAUUAUGAAUGUUAUUACUGUUAUUCUCUAUUGAAUUACUGUAGUUUUGCUGAGAUGAAGGAACACUUUCAUCUACUGAAAAUACUAUGCUGUUUUAUCCAUCUUACAUUUACAUUGGCAGUCAUCUUCAUACAGUUUUUCUUUACCUUAAGCCUGAUUAUUAACUUCUUUGUCACACACACACACACAUAAAGAACUGUUGUAGGCGGAGCACUUCCUCCUGCACCAUCAUAACAGAAAUUAUUAUCCUGCUCAUAUCGGGGUCAAUUUUAGUCAGACCGGGCAUUUGAGUCCACCGCUUUAAGUGCUGACGUGACAUGUUCAAGCAGUUCCACCAGAUUUCAAAUUGACCUUUUUUUUAUCUGGGAAUUUUAUUUUAUGGAAUUUGAAAAGUGGCAACACACCAGUCAGGGUGCUUUUUUUAUUUACUGCUCAAACAGGAGACUGAUGAAGAAUGUAGACUUUUCAUGGUUCUUGAAUACCUAUCAUCAUGAAGGAUUACUUGUCUAAUCCAAGUUAUCACGCUAGGAUCCUUUUGUUAUGAUUAGGUAUAGCUGAGACUGCUGAGAAUUCAAAAGGAGUCCAUUCAAAACCAAAAAUAAGUAUUUAUGUAGUACACAUAUUGCACUUUUAUUGUUUAUUUUGUCGUUAAACUCAUGUAAUUCUGUUUGGAUUUGCCUUAAGCUUUUAGCAGCAAACAUGGACAUAUCCUUUCGUUGUUAAUGAUUAAUAUUCAAACCGUAAACAUUUUUUAUGCGACGUGAAAAAGUUGCCCCUCUUUGAGCUUAGAUGCUUCAAUGCUCUCCACUGCAGCUGGCUUUUAAAACCUGGCUAGAACACAAAAAUACUUCCAUCUUUACUUGGUAGUAAUUAUUUGUUAACAUCUUAGAGCAAUCUAUGUAAUGUGUGGCUUUCAUAAUUGUGUAUUUCUAAAGUUCUCCAUGUAUGUCACCAGCGAUCACUCACUCAGGAGCCUUCCUCUACGGCUUUUAUCUGCUGCAACACUGCAUAAACCUCGUUGCUUUUUUUAAGGCGAGGGCAAAAGAGCUACAAGUAGAGCUUUCAAAACUGCUUUUUUUAAGCUAUUAAUGCCAUUAAAGUCAGACGGAAUUUUAAACGAAUCACAAUUACGCAUUAAAUAAUAAUAAAAAAAAUCUUUCAGGGCCAAAAAACAAACUUUUUAUUCAGGGUACUUAGACUUCAACUGUAUAUCAAUGAAAUGCCAAAACAUAUUGCUGUUUUUUUUAGAUGUAGGGUGCACAAAACAAUUUCAUUGUUUUAAUUAAAAGAAAAUGAAGCACACACCCAUGAAGUGGCAAAAAGACACUGGUAAAACAUUCUUGAACUCAAGUUAAUACUGGCAGCAUUUUUUUUCUUUCAAGAGAGGUGGAUCGUAUUAGCAUUUUUAUAACAUUAGCAUCUCUAACUGAUGGUCCAUAACAUGGAUAUUUGAGCAAGUCUUGACAUACAUGUACAAAUAGCAGCAAAACAUACCUCUCUGUCACUGCAGGGGUUUAACCAACCGGCUUCAUUUAUCUCUGAGUGUUUGGUCUUUGAAACAAGCCUGCCUCAGCUAACGGACAAUGCUAGCUAAAAGCAACAACAGCUAGCUAAAAAUUUUAGCUGCUAAUUUGUUUUAAAAAAAUCCACCUUUUUUCCCAAGUCUUCAUGGUUUUUAUUGUUUGUUUUGUAAUUAAAAAUAUUUUUUUAAGUAAAAACUAGUUAAAGAAACUCAGUUAGGCUAAAUAUCCAUCGUCCUUCGUGUUCUGCCACUCAAUGGGUGUGUCUGAAUAAAUAAAUGGGGUAGUAUUGCUUUUCUGUCCAACCAAUUCCUAAAAGACUCAACAAAAAGGCCUCGUUUAAUUUUAAAGUUUGAACUUGUUUGGUUUCUUUGUCGUAAUUAAGUGAUUUUGUCAUUACAAAGGGAUUUGUGAAACAAAAUCCAUAGCAGACAUCUAUUUUCAUACAACUUUUCCUAUGAAACUCAUCUUUCUACAUAUAAGCUGCCAGUUAAAUGUAUACUCAAAGCUUAAUUUUAUUCCUUGACUUUUGUACAGAUUUUGUUUUGCCUUUCUCAGACAUUUUUUCUUGCAAGUUGAAAUAAGAAGUAUUUGUUAAAAAAACAAACAAACAACCUUUUAAGUUGUAAUUUUUUUUAGGAACAUUCGGUACAUCGCUAAACUGCUGGGUUAUUCAAAGAUUUAGCAUUUCUAACAGCAUAUUAAAAAAAAAAGUAAAACUCAACUGUGAGUUAUUGAAGUGUAAGUGUGUUGUAAGGACUAAAAACAAACCCAUUUGUUAAAGUCUGCCAGGCAUUUCCUAAGCUCCUUUGCUAAGCUCCUUCUUUUGACAGGAAUAUAAGGACCAGAGUUUAUAUAUAAUGCAGUAAUUUGUUUGUUCAUUCUGCUUCUUUGUUUUACACAUGUAUAAGCCCCUCUGUUAUCUUACACUCCACGUGCUGUUAGCUGAUGUAAACCUGUUAACCUAAGCCAACAUAUAUAUUUUUUUAAUUUUAGUGUUUUUGUUUUCUUUCUCAAAGAUAAUUUACAAAAGAACUGAAGCAUUAGAAAGUGCACGAGUUUUACCGCUGAAUGUUAAAUAUGUGAAGGUCUUGAUUUUUUUUUAUAGCUCAAAUGAAUAGAUUGUUUUAUUUUAUUUUUUUGGCUUUUUUGUUCACUUUUUUAAAAAUUUAUUUUACUCUUGAUUGUGUGUCUCACAUAUGCCUUUUGUAUUCCAAAUAGUAUAAACUGAAACCUCUGUCACUGAUGUGGCGUUUGCAACCUAUGAUCCCAAAAAAUGCAAAGAAAGCUAAGAUUGGUUAUGUGCAAUACUUAGUUUGAUUUUCAUCUUGUCCUUCAAAGAGGUCGUAUUAAUUCAUGAAUUAGGGAAAAAAAACAGUUUUUAAAUACUGAAACUUCAGGGUUCAAAUGAUUUUAGCUCCCAAAAAAUGUGGCUUAAAUCACUUUUUACUGACGUUGUGGUUUAAAAUGCACUAAUAAUAAAGUGACUAUUGAACUACCAAAAUUCAGCCGUUUUUCACAAUCAUUAUUUUUGUAUUUUUUUUUUUUAAAGAACAGGUGAUACAGCAACACUGCCACAAAAGGCCACUGUUUUUCUGCCUGCUGAUAUUUAUUUCAGCAUUUUUGAUGUUGUAAAAAAAUAAACAAAGAAACAAAAGGUGUCUCAUCUAAUCCAGUUUUGGUUCAUCACAAAUUUUAAAAUGAAUCCAGUUCAUUGUUAUGUUUUCUGAAGCUUCUUUAACUGUUGUUGUGGUGGUCUAGAAGAAAUAUUACGAAAGUUUUCCAUCUUGAAGACAAAGCAGCAAAUAAAAACCUUACAAACAUCA